UUAAAUAUACUUAUUGUUAUUUAUUAUAAAUUAUUCAUAAAAGAUAAAUGAUUGUUUAUAAAUUCUGAAAAGAAAAAAACUUAAUUCAAUGUAACAAUAAUUUAUAGUUCUGAUAAAAUUAUAUCAUAUAAAGUUAAACUAUUGGAUUUAAAAGAAAAAAAGAUGGACUCAUUAAAUGCGGAGAUACAGAAGAAGUCGGGCAGUAAGAAGAAAAAUGUAAAAUAUGGUUGUUCAGAUAAAGAAAAUUUAAAGCUUUCGCUGCAGACUUGUAAUAAUAAAUCUAAAAAGAAAUUGAAUAAAGUUGCUUUUUUGUCUGGGUUGUCCAGGUUCGAUGUGAAGAAAAAUAAUAUGUUAGGCCCAGGUAUAUAUAACAUUACUUUUCCGAAAUGUCAAACUAAAAACAACGGAAAGUUCUCCGGCCGACCAUAUGAUUUCAACAUAAAUUUGAAUUUACCGCCUAAUAUGUACGCAGAUGGUUUGAAACAUCAUACGAUUGAGACACGAGUCAACAAAAAGUUGACCACCAGAGGACCUUAUGAUACGUUUACAGGACCCAGAGAUUCAAGCACUUUGGUAGGUCAUGCUGCUGAAAAAAAAUGUUUUCUUAUAUCUGAUAAUUGGCCACUCUCACUCAAGAGCAACGUAUCCAAUAAUCGUACAUACACAAAUAUUUUCAAAGAGCAUUCACCAAGAAGAAAAAUAGAACACUACGUACCGGAAUUUCGUAUAAAUAUAUCCAAUUGGUUAUCAAAAAAAUCUAACAAGUAUCCAUUUAACAGUUCUCAACGGAUCGGUGACAGUCUGAAAACGAUUGAGAAUUCGCUCAAUCCGGGACCGGGACACUACGAUGUAAAUUCUUUUAAACGACGAGCGGAAAAUGGACAUACAAACGUAUUUAAAAGUACUACGGCGCAAAGGUUGCUAAUAAUACGCAAAAGCUAUGGCAUAUUUGAUUAAAUACAUACAAUUUUUUUUAAAUCGAUCCAAUAAUUUACGUUUUAAUAAUACUUUGUUGUGGUCAAAGAAAUCAUCGAAUUCCUGUUAUUACUAUGGAUACAAAAAUUUGUGUGGAAGCAAUGGUUCACUAUGUUUUUAUAAAUAACAACAAAAAAGUGAAAAAAGAAAAUUGUAUAAGUUGAUGAAGCUAAUAAUAUACUUCAAAUUAUUGUGUACACGGGUCGCAACUUGAACUACUUAUAAGUGAACAAGGCUUUAACGGCUUGGUUAACGUUCAUGUACUAAUUUUGGGAUUAUUUGACUAUUUAGAACAACUUACCUAAAUAAGAAUCAUUGUAAUAGAUCAGAAAAAAAUCUAGAAGAUUAUAAUAAUUCCAGCGCAUUUUAUUUGUCGGUAACUUUAUAGAACAACUAAAUAAUUUAUAUUUUGAUUAUGUGGUUAAAUAAAAAUUUUAAAUUAC